CUGGUGCUUGAGACGUAAUUUCCUCUUAGCCUGGAGCUUCUGUUGCUUCUCAAAUUUUUCAGUGGCAAUAGCUUCUCUAACAAUGAGACCCUGCUGCUUAGUUGAUAUUCUUCGGUUGACCUCCCAACUCUGACCCUUGGUACCUCCCCUUUGGCCCUGCAUGGUGGUCAUUAAACCCCAAGAUUAGUGGCCGUGAACCUAAAUCAACAUGAAAAGCCACGGGGAGGCCAUGGAACGGCCAUAGCGGCUUGCGUAUGUUCCUGUGUUGAACCGCUCAUUACUUGCAAUUGUUUCAUCGCCUCCAUUGCGAUCUUCGUUUUUUCCAUACAUCGACUCCAUCGAAUCCAGUUGCGAGUAUUUCAUUAUUUCCAUCGGUUUUGUUAAUAAAAGUGCAAUGGAUAAUUUCAAAGUCGUCCUAGACACUGAAGGCAGAGUCUUGAUCGACCACAAUGAAUCUGGACGAGAGAUUUACUACUUGUACAAUGGGACUGAUAAGACCAUAGUACAGAGUCCUCGUUUCCUGAAACUCUGUCGAGAGAUUCAGGAGGCCGAGACAGAGUGUGAAACUCCAAAACAGAAUGAUGGGACAAACGAUCCUCAAACCUCUGGAGGGAUGACUCAACUUGGGAUCAUUGUUAUAACCAGCAGCAGUGACAGUGACAGUGAUGAGUCAGUUGACCUGAGGCGUGGGAAAAUGAUGAAGCGAAAGAACGAAGGAAAUGUUCAAUUGGGGAAUAAGGGAAAGAAACGUAGAUGGAUCGGUCCGGUGACUUCUCUAACAUCUUCACCUCGUAACUCAGUUGCAUGGAGUGCUCAACCCUCAACAUCUUCAGCUCACCCCUCAAGAUUACCAGCUCGUCCCCCAGCAUCUAGGACAACUGCCUCAAUCUCCAAAGUCAAACCAAUCCACCCAGCAUUAGACUCGUCAACCCCCAAGGCUGGAACAAAUCACACACUGGAAAAAGUGAGUCGCCCACUGAUACAGUCGCCUACUGGUACAGCCGCAACAGGUCUUCGGGCUAAAGAGAGUUCUGAAGCUCGUCAACCAUCAACAUCUGCAGCUAGUCCCUCAGUCGCAUCGAGAGCUCAACCCUCAACAUCUUCAGCUCACCCCUCAAGAUUACCAGCUCGUCCCCCAGCAUCUAGGACAAUUGCCUCAAUCCCCAAAGUCAGACCAAUUCACCCAGCAUUAGACUCGUCAACCCCCAAGGCUGGAGCAAGUCACACACGGGGUAAAGCGAGUCGUCCAUUCAGCAGAGGUCGGGCUGGUGCAAAUCAUGCUCAGGCUACAGCUGCAGCUAGGGCUGAACUAGGUCCUGUGGCUGAAGGAGUCCCUAGGGCUGAAGAAGGUCCUGAAGCUCGUCAACCAUCAUUGAUUGAACUCUACCGUGAGACAGUGGAGUUGCGCAUUACUUUAGUACUCAACAGGGAGCGUGAGCGGCUGAUCGAACUGAUGAACUUGGUGUCGGAUUAUUUCGAAUUCAAACGUCUUCAAGAUCUCGAGCAUGAAUAAAAAUCAAGGCUUCCAAUUUUCAAUGGAAAAUUUCAAAAAUUGAAACUUUCAUCUUCAUUUCCCUCUUCGCAUCCUUUACAAGUGUUGUUAUUCUAUCAAUUACCCCAAUUG